AUGCGAGACGUAAGAGCGCAGGUGACGAGCAGCCUGCUGCAGUUCCCAGAGGGGACUCUUCAGGCUCUUGGGAAAGAUGAGGUCACCCAAGGUUCUGUGCUGCACGGGAAGUUUUCUGGAGGGAGAACUGACCUAGCGUGGCUGGCACGGGGUCCUCAGCUCGAGGUAGUGAACUCGGUGACAGGCCAGCAGCUCUCUGCGUACCAUUUCAGAGGAGCGCACAAACAGCCUCCCACUAUUCGAGCGGUGAGGGAGUUUUCAUGGGAGGAAAGCACCGGACUGAUAAUUGCAUUGGAAGAUGGAGAGAGAAGUGUUCUCUGCUUGUACGACCCGGAAGUAUCAAGAGUGAUUAAAGCAGUUGCUCUUCCCGGAAGGGUGGUUGCUGUAGAACCCAUAAUUAAUUGCGGAGGACCCAGCGUGAGCACUCAACACCUGCAUCAGAGCCUGCGAUGGCUCUUUGGCAUUGCAGCGGUGGCUACAGAUGUCGGUCAUCUGUUUCUGGUUGACCUUUGCUUGGACAGUACAUCUUGGAGUCUGGAUGAAACAGAAGCAUUGGAUCUCAGAUUUGUCACUAUGUUUCCUGCUGAAGUUGCACUCAGAAGAGAAACUGCCAGUAGAGAAGGGAGACGUCUCUGCUUUCAAUUACCAAACUUGUCCGGAACACCAAUAUCGACGCUGUGCUACAUAAGCAGAAGCAAUCAUCUGGUUGUGGGUUUUUCAGAUGGCUGCCUCUCACUAUGGAAUAUGAAAACUUUGUGGAGGGAGCACCACUGUCGCGUUGGACAAAGAAGGGCUCCUGUCUACGCCGUUACUUUUCAAGAGCCAGAGAACGACCCUAGCAGUUGUUGCUACUUGUGGGCUGUUAAGUCUACCCAAGAAAGCGAAGGCGAUGUUUUGAGUUUACACCUGAUGCAGUUAAGAUUUGGUGAUCGAAAACGUUUGGCAUCCGGACAAGUCAUGUAUGAGGAUUUGGAAUGCUGUAAAGAAAGGUUCCAUUUAGAUCUCGCGAGCGGAAUUCUUCCCUGGAGAAGGCAAAGUAGCAAUAUUAAACUCCUGAGGUGUCAGACCAUAGAAGAUUUUGAUGACAAUGUUGACAAAGAGGAUAACGCUAAUGAAGUAACAACUCCUUACAUCAGCAUCUCGAUCUUUUGUUGGCAAGUGACUACCUACGGUCAGGAAAAACCAUCGGCUUACCUGGGCGUGUUUGACAUUAAUUGCUGGUACGAUGCUGAAAUGCCGACUUCAGCAAGGCUAGAAAAAUUCCUCCUCGAUUGCCCUUAUUUUGCCCUGUGGACACUGGAGAACGUAACAAGCAUGGCUGCUCCAGAGCCCAUUUUGGAUGUUCUGGUCCACAAGCCGAGUCUAACCUGGGGAGCGCCUCCUUCUUACCUACCGCCUGACCAGAUUCUAAAUGCAAGCGGCUAUAAUUUUGAUGGAGUGUGCUUGCUGAGCUCUGGAGUUGUCCAUGUGACUUUCAACGGUUUCCAGAAGGAGGAGGAGCAGUUAGAGGGGAUACUGUCUGCGGCUGUCCAAACGGGUUCUUUAGAACUGCUGACUGCAUGCAUUAAGCAUUGGACAUCUGAAAAGCAGCCAAAUUCCGCGGCGAAUUUACGGUUUAUUCGUGACUAUGCGUGGAAAAAGGUGGUCUACAUCAAAGAUGAAUUUGACCGCAUAUGUGAUCCGCUGUUUGAUGGCUCCUGCAGCUUCGUUGACCCACCAAUGCUGCAGUCUCUUCAGGACUGUCAGAGUGCCUUGAGCAACCUCAGCAAAGUCUUAAAGUGUGUUCAAGGAGAACCACAAGAUCUUCCUGAGAAAGAUUUUGCAGACUUGAGAAAUAAGCAGGUUACAGCAAGCCGCUUUUCAGUGCACGCACAAAUGGUCCUCUGGUUCUGCCAAGCUGGUCUCCUUCCAGAGGGUUUAGAUGAGACGACACAAUUGUCUCCCCGUUUCUACCACUAUCGUCAGCUUCAAACCCGCUGCGCUGCUCAGCGACAGAAACUGGACGAUUUGUCAAGAGGAAAGCAGGAUUCCGACUGCCUGAUGAUCGAUGGCGUAGUUUCACAAUUUGGAGACCAGGUUGCGAAGCUGUGGCAGAGAAAGGAAGGAGGGACUGGGAAAUAUCCCCCUCCCAAUUUACACGCACUGCUGGAUCUCUAUUUGUUGGAAAACACUGACGAAAUCUACAAACAUGCGAUUACAAUUUACUUGCUGCAAGACAUCUCCAGUUUUCGGCAACCUAAGAUGGAAAAAAUCGUCAACUCUUUUGCCACCACCUUUGCUCUCCCUCAGGGCCUCGUGAAACUCGUUGAAGGAUUUUGGCUCCUUGACCACCAUGAGUGUGAAAAAUCACUGGCCCUGCUGUGUCACCCGAGAACAAUGAAAAUAGAGCCCUGGCUUAAAACAAGAGUACUUAGAUCACUCAUCUGUAGAGGAGAGCGUAAAAAAGCCCUGAAAUACAUACAGAGUAAUCGUGAACGUCGCUUGAAUGAGCGAACGGUUGCCAGAAAUUCUGUACGUGAUCAGCCUGGCAAAAUCCUGCCGAAAGUUCAAAGGCACCUGGCAGCGCAGAGGGCCAAGCCAUACCAUUUUUAAAACCUUAAGAGAAGGUAAGAUUUAGGGAGUGGAAUGUAAUGGACAGCUAACCAUCGCUCUGAGGACACAAGGCUGACAUUUUUCCCCCUCUUGCUUUACAGCCUCAACGUCAAAGGCAAAGCUUCCAAUGUUGAUGCAAAUGUUCCAUACAGAGUUACAGGAUCAAUAAAAAUGUUGUUGUUUCUCCUACAUGUGUGUGUCUGUGUCUAUGCUUUCUGUGCUUUCCAAGAGUUCUGCAAUACUGCCAGGCACGGUCAUACUGACAAACCCCACUCUUUGUGCUGCUAAGGCACUUGUUACCCGAGGCCUGCCUGCUUCUAAGACUUGGGGAGUGGGGGGGAAGCGAGAAGGCCGUGAUUGUGAAGCACGUGCUCUAGCGGUUAAGUAGUAACUUACAAGAAAGAGAUUAAACAACAUUCUAGAACUAGUACCC